AGGGGCUGAAGUGUCUCCUUCUUUUUAUUUUACAAUUUUAGGGGAAAAUAUUGAUGAUUGAAUAAAAAUAAAUUAAAAAAAGUGUAGUUACUUUUUAAAGAAGAAAGAAAAAAUAAAGAAAAUGUGGCGAUGAAGAACACCCAAAAGGCAUAGCAAAAAAGAGAUUAAUUUAUAUCUGAUUUUAACCUUACGUUUGUUCUUCUUCAACUUUCCACCCCAAUUUCUAAUUCCUUUCCUCUCUUCUUCUUCUUCCCUCCCUAUUCUCCCAUCGUGAUGCCAAAAAGAAUGGGAUUGUGAUUUUUGGAGUAUAAUUGAAGAAUUGGAAAGAAAGGGAGGAAAUCAUACACAAUGCCAUCUUUACCAAGGAGUUCUACCUUGGAAAGGGUGCAAGAAGGCGAGAAAAAGACUAAUGCUAUGGUUUAUCUUAAUGUCUAUGAUCUUACGCCUGCAAAUAAUUAUCUUUACGUGUUCGGUGUUGGGAUCUUUCAUUCGGGUAUCGAAGUGCAUGGCAUGGAAUAUGGCUUUGGAGCACAUGAAUACUCAACAAGUGGAGUAUUUGAGGUGGAACCUAGAAGUUGUCCUGGCUUUAUCUUCAGACGCACGUUAAUGUUAGGCACCACCGACAUGUCUUAUUCACAAUUCCGUUCUUUCAUUGAGCGCCUUUCAGCGAAAUAUCAUGGAGACUCGUACCACCUGAUAGCUAAGAAUUGCAACCAUUUUACAGAUGAAGUUUGCCAACAGCUAACUGGAAAGCCUAUUCCUGCGUGGGUAAAUCGGUUGGCUCGUGUUGGUUCUUUUUGCAAUUGUCUUCUGCCAGAAAGCCUUCAGGUUGAAGCUGUUAGACACGAACCUGAUAAUAUCGCACAUCCCGCUGAAGAAGAGGGAUCAGAAUCCGACGACAUUUCUGCAUCAAGUGAUAGUGACGACGAAGAUUCCAAACACCAUUUGCUAAAUCAACAGAAUAACGACGUCUCCUUUAUAAAGGAAAAACCAAUAGCUCUCCAAUGAUUUUUCGCUUGUUACUUUAAUUGUGAUUAUUAUUAAUUAUUAAUAAUAUUUAUUCUUUUUUCCUUCAACUGUAUCUCAGCGAUAUUAGUUCGCACAGUGUAACAAGUUUUCUCGAUUGGAAUAUUUGGAGAUCCAAAAACAUGUUUUGUAUUACAAAGACAAUAGUCUGUGUUGUAAAUCUCCUGUUUGUAUGCUUCAAAAUGUAGUGGCUUGUUCAAGUACAAACAAAAUUGUUCUCAUAUGCAGAAUCUGAUUUUGUAGAGA